AUGAGUUGGGAAGAAGGUGAUUUGGAAUAUGCCCGGAAUCUAAGCGACAAACUUAAUCUUCUUCUAAGUAGUUUGGGAGAGCUUCCUCAAAGGUUCAUAGAGAAUGUGAGAGUUGUCCAGGACGACUUUAUGAGAGAGUUUACCACCACAACACAAAUAGUCGUCAACCUUUGCUCAAAGAUUUUACUUUCCGACUUUCCACGACGGAGCGAUACAGUGAGUGAAAAGACUGACAAACACUCGCGAAAACAAAGCGAAUCUUCUGAGACUGAAGCGCACAAGUUUCAUCAAUCGGAAAGAAAUAAAAAGGAUUUAGAAAUUAAAGAAUUGAAGAGUGCACAAGAGUCGAUAUGGGUAGCUCUUCAGUGUAGUAAUAAGAGUUACACGGAGUUACUUUUCAAUUACGAUGAAAUGAAAGAAACAGUCGAAAGUCAAAAUGCGGUUAUAAGUUACUGUGAGAAGGUGAUAGGGAAGAACGAGGAAUAUCGGAGAGUGCAAAAGUCUGUUGAAGAGAAGAGUGUGAAGGCGUUGGUGAAACGGAAUGUCUUCGGUAACGUUUUGACUCUUUUUGAGAUAUCAAAAAUAGAGGAAUGGACGCAUACAACUCACUUUGAGCUUAUUUAUAAACGUGACAAGAACAUUUCCAGUACAAUUAAAGUGCCCAAAAACACGGGCGUCCUUUGCUUGGUGCGAAAUCAGCACAACUCGAUUUUUGGAUUUUUCACACAAAGUGACAUUGUCCCAACAGAGAAGUGGCAAUUGCCAAAUAAUUGCGACUUCUGCUUUUCACUGCGGUCACUCUUUUCCAAAAGUCCUACCCUCCUCUUGUCGAAAAAGGAUGGAAAGAUAGAGCAAUCGACAAGCUCAGAUUUGAUAUCGCCAAUUCUUAUUGAAAUGACCAGUUCUGUUGGUGUCGAGUUUUUGUAUGUAAAUGUGUUGCUGUGA